AUGAGUCAGUCCACGUCACAUCCGUCAUCGUCAUCGUCGUCAUCACCAAACGUACAUGUCUGUACGCAUCCACUUGUACUGUGCAAGUUGACCCAGUUGAGGUUGCAUGAUUUACCUGCGAAGGAUUUCAGAGAGGGCGUCAAGGCUAUCGGAUCCAUGCUGGUCUAUGAAGCCUCGAGGAAUCUUCCCCUGGCUCCAGUCCCAGAUCUGCAAUCUCCCAUUGCGCCGUUCACAGGACACGCUGUACCCCUCAGCAUUGGGCUCUCGCCCAUCCUUCGAGCAGGAAUCGGAUUGACCGAUGCCGCUUUGGACAUGUUCCCCGAUGCUACUGUUCUGCACCUCGGUUUGUUCAGGGACAAAGCGACCUUACAAGCUAUCGAGUAUUAUUCCAAACUACCGACUGAGGUAUCCGCAGACCUUGUCUUUGUCCUUGACCCUCUCAUCGCGACGGGAGGAACAGCCAUCGCAGCUCUUGCCAUGUUGACGGAAUGGGGUCUAUCACAAUCCCAAAUCAAGAUCAUCUCCGUGUUGGGAAGUAGCCAAGGCGUCGAGAAAGUAGUCAGCGAGUACCCUGGUGUCGAGAUAUACAUUGGAGCUGUGGACCAAGAGCUCACGUCGAAAGGUUACAUUUCGCCUGGUCUAGGAGACGCAGGAGAUAGAUUAUUCAGCACGGCCAAGUGA